AUGGCCGGUCCUAGGAUCGCUCGUGCUACCUUGAAAGGACCAAGUGUUGUUAAGGAGAUAAUUAUUGGAACAACACUUGGCUUAUGUGCUGGUAGACUUUGGAAGAUAUAUCACUGGAAUGAGCAAAGGAAAGCCAGAGCAUUCUAUGACAUGCUUGAGAAAGGUGAAAUCAGUGUUGUUGCAGAAGAAUAAAAGUUUGUCUUGUGAAAUUGUGUCAAACUUUGGCUGCAUUGCAAUCUUUGUGUUCCCUUCAUUUGGCUCUUAGAUUCAAGAUGAGCAAACUCAGUUUGGAGUUUUAAGAAUAAUUUUAUUGUGUUGAGAUCUUGAUCACAUAUUUACUUAGCAAAUCCAAGCGUCUGUUGAUCUUGUGGCCUUGUGGUUUCUUCUUUUGAGGUUUUUGUUGCAUCUCUUUGGUAUGUGGUUUCUACUUCAAAUAUUAUUGUAAAUGCAACUUUCACUUCCAGACGAGCAAGUUGGC